AUGUUGGCUAUUACCAGAAGUAGUCGACGUCAUCGAUGGCGGACAUAUUUCUUCCGACAUUUUGACAUUUCUUGCCCGGUUGUUAGUUAGUUAUUUCUCAUUGGUAAAAUUUCACUCUUUGUGCUUCUGCAUCAUCAUGGAUGAAGAAUACGACGCAAUCGUCUUGGGUACCGGGCUCAAGGAAUGCAUUCUCAGUGGAAUGCUUUCCGUGUCGGGAAAGAAGGUAUUACACAUUGAUCGUAACAAGUACUACGGCGGAGAAUCUGCGUCAAUUACCCCGUUAGAAGACUUGUUUGCAAAGUUCAACGCACCCCCGCCGGAUGAAACCUACGGCCGUGGCCGCGACUGGAAUGUGGACUUGAUUCCUAAAUUUUUAAUGGCCAAUGGCUUAUUGGUAAAGUUGCUUAUCCAUACGGGCGUUACCCGUUAUUUAGAAUUCAAGUCUGUAGAGGGUAGCUAUGUCUACAAAGGUGGAAAAAUCUCUAAGGUUCCUGUAGAUCAGAAAGAGGCACUAGCAUCCGACCUUAUGGGUAUGUUCGAAAAAAGGCGUUUUCGCAAUUUCCUUAUUUAUGUUCAAGAUUUCCAGGAGGAGGAUGCAAAAACUUGGAAAGAUUUUGAUCCUAGUACAGCCAACAUGCAGUCCCUUUAUGAUAAGUUUGGCUUGGAUAGGAAUACCCAAGAUUUUACUGGUCAUGCACUAGCUUUAUAUCUUGAUGAUACUUAUCUUCAACAGCCAGCCAUUCAAACUAUUCGCCGUAUUAAACUGUACUCUGACUCAUUAGCUCGGUAUGGCAAAUCUCCAUAUCUGUAUCCGAUGUAUGGCUUGGGUGAACUGCCUCAAGGGUUUGCACGUCUCUCUGCUAUCUAUGGAGGCACAUAUAUGUUGGAUAAGCCUAUUGAUGAGAUUGUUCUUGGAGAAGGAGGCAGAGUAAUUGGGGUUAAAUCUGGUAAUGAAAUUGCCAAGUGUAAGCAAGUUUACUGUGACCCCAGUUAUGUUCCUGAUCGAGUUCGCAAGAAGGGUCAGGUUAUCCGGUGCAUUUGUUUAUUAGAUCAUCCAAUUUCUAACACUAAAGAUGCCCUGUCUACUCAGAUUAUUAUUCCUCAGAAACAAGUUGGAAGGCAUUCUGAUAUCUAUGUAUCUCUUGUAUCUUACACACACCAAGUUGCUGCUAAAGGAUGGUUCAUUGCUAUGGUGUCCACUACUGUUGAGACAAAUGAUCCAGAGUCUGAGAUUAAACCAGGCCUAGAUGUUUUGGGGCCUGUUAGGCAGAAAUUUGUGUCAGUAUCAGAUUAUUAUGAGCCAACUGAUGAUGGCAGCCAGAGUCAAAUUUUUAUAUCAGAGUCGUACGAUGCUACCACUCAUUUUGAAACUACUUGUUUAGAUGUACUCAAGAUCUAUAAACGUGGUACUGAUGAAGAUUUUGAUUUCUCUAAAGUAAAAGUAGAGUUAGGAGAAGAAGAACAGUGAAUAUGUUGUAUGAUCUAUGUAUAUUGCUUGUUAUUUUUUAUUUGUUUUUAAACUAUUCUGGCAACAAUAAUGUUAAUUAGGGAUUCUUGGGUAAAAAUUUAUAAGAGCUUAGAUGUAAUGGCAGUAGAUAAUUGUAUAUUAUGUAUGGGCAAAUGUUUCCAUGUAAUGGUACCAGCAAGUUUAUUUACCAAAAAAUGUCAAGAAGUAAGUUUAAUAUUUAAAACAAUUAAGCAUUAUUUAACAUAAUUUUGUUCCUCAUUUAAUAUUGCUUUUAUUAUUUAAGAGUAUACAAAGCUGCUAUAAGAUGGUUUGCUUGAGUGAAAGAACAUUUUAUUUCUAUCAAAUGUUAAGCAUUCCAUUUUGGUGUUUUUGAUCUUGUAACCAUAUCAUAUUUAUAAAGUCAAUCAAAAUUAUGAAUGCUCACUAUACCUAUGUAUAUGUUCGUGGAAGAUCAUAAAUAAAGUUACAUUAUAAUGAGAAUCUUUUUUAUUUA